ACCAGUUCCGACGAGACUGUGUUCGGCUAGCGUGUUCGCCGAGGAGGAACGCGCACGUUUUGACACAUUUCUUUAGUUUUUAAGAUAAAAUCCAAUCCUUCCCAACAAAAAAUUAGUUUUAAGCGCACAUUUAUGUUUAGUGACACGAAGGCGGUUGUUAUAAAAUUAGUGUUUACGUGAUGUCUAAACAACAGUACACAGUUGACGGUGAUCUAUUCGGUACGCCUCACAGGAAAAAACCAGUGCCUUGGAAUGAGUUCUUGUACAACAGCGAAGAGGGAACAGUCUUAGGAAGGACAGGACUGAGUUGGGCGAAAAUCGGUAUAUUCUACACAAUAUUCUACGGAGUAUUGGCAGCAUUAGUGGCAAUAUGCAUGUGGGUGUUCUUCCAGACGUUAGAUCCUCGUAUACCAAAAUGGCAAUUAGACGAAAGUAUCAUAGGAACGAAUCCAGGCCUUGGCUUCAGGCCUUUGCCGCCCGAUGAGAACAUAGAAAGCACGCUCAUCUGGUACAAGGGUACCGAUUUAGACAACUACAGUCGAUGGACCAAAUCCCUUUCAGAGUUCUUACAAUUCUACAAAACUCCCGGAUUAACCUACAACCGAGGUCAAAACAUCUACAGCUGUGACUACAACUCGCCGCCACCAAAAGGUAUGGUGUGCGACGUGGACGUCAAAGCUUGGGGUCCCUGUAUCGAAGAAAACAAUUUUAAUUAUCACAAGAGCGCGCCGUGCGUCAUUUUGAAGUUGAACAAAAUUUUCGGCUGGGUGCCCGAAUAUUACAAUGACACUAACAGCCUGCCCGAAAAGAUGCCGGAAGAGCUCAAAAACUAUAUCAGAAACGAUCCAGAAAUUGUUGCCAAUCCAGCCAUGAGAAACACAGUCUGGGUCUCAUGCGAAGGCGAAAAUCCAGCCGAUGUAGAACACAUCGGAACUAUUAAGUACUACCCGAAGCGCGGUUUUCCAGGAUAUUACUAUCCUUAUGAAAACAAUGAAGGAUACCUGAGUCCUUUAGUUGCGGUUCAUUUCGAACGGCCGAAAACCGGAAUCCUGAUCAACAUCGAAUGCAAGGCGUGGGCGCACAACGUCAUCCACGAUCGUCACGACAGAAUCGGCAGUGUCCAUUUCGAACUUAUGGUGGACUAAGAACUUAGUCAGCUAUCUUAGAGCAACUAGUAUCAGCAAGAAACUGCAUCAGCCAUCGCACGUCCAUUCGCUUAGUCGAUAAAAUAAUAUCUUAUACGUAAAUCGAGAACAAAAUUUAAAGAUAUUAUUAUAUCGAUCGCUAUUUUAAAUUUAGAAAUCCGAAAAAUGUCAUUUUAAAAUGUGUUCGUUUAAAACGAGUUUUGUACUUAUUUCGAUAAGUACAAAUCUCGAUAGUUACGCGACUCAUAAAUAAUUAUUUAAACAAUGAAUGUUAAAAAAAAUUAAAGUUUGUAAAUAUAAUAUAUGUAUUGGAUUAACUUAGUUAAUUCUCCCUCGCAAUUUUAUACUAUAGUAACCAGAAACAAAAAUCAGAGUGUGUAAAAUGUAAAUUCAUAUAUUUUUGGUAAAAAUACAAUCAAGAUAUAACAGUGCCACAAUAUUAUUAAAAUACGUAUUUGUGACGAAACCUAAAGUGUAGUCAGAAUAUAAAAAACAAUAAUAUUUAUACCUUCAAAUGUAUGCUUUGAAAAAAAGCAUUCGAAGAUUUUGUUUAAAUAUUUUGUUAAGUCCACAUUUAUGUUUGUUCGUUCAAUUAAAUUAUGUUUCUUUUGCAAGUAAGAUUAUGUUGUAGAUAUUGUCACAAAAUUAGUAUAUUUUAUGUAAUUUUAAGCAUAUUGUUAUUUUUUGGAAAAUCGGACUAUUGUCACCAAAAUUAAAUAAAUGAACAGAGUAUGUAUAAUAUAGAGUAUUUUUAUAUGUAGCAAAUGAUAUUUACUAUACAAAUAGUAAAUUGUUCUGGUUAUUCCUAAAACACACAGAUCUCCAAAUUUUGGCUAAAUAAAUACAAAAUUUACAUUUGCAAAAAUUAAAGGAUUCAAUUCCUUUAUAUUGAUAUUUUAUUUAAAAUUAAGUCGAAAGUUAUUUUAUGUAAUUAAGAAUAAGUAUUUUAUAGGUUGUUAUAGACACUAUAAUUCCUAG